GGAUUCAGAGGGCGGAUGUCGCUUCCAGAUGUCGAGUGGACUUGGUGCAACCGCAAUGGGGAUUGGCGUUAGUCACGGGACAGGCGGCGAAGGUGUAGCUGGUGGUUGCCGCCUCCGUGCACAGAACCAAGGCCAGGCCUCGGGGUCCACGAUGCAGCAUACUAAUCCGCAACAAUCGUCUCAGCAGCAGCAGCAGCAGCAGUCGCAGUCGCAGCAGCAGCAGCAGCAGCAACAGGCACCCGCGUCGCAGCAGCAGUCGCAGCAACAGCAACGCCAAGCGGGCGGAUUCACGGGCCGAUCGAAGAAGGACAACUGUUGCCUAUGCUGGUGCUGUUGCUGCAGUUGCUCGUGUAGGAAUAAAUGUUUGGCGAAUGUCGGCGGUAAUUCGACGGGUACCGGCGGUGCGGGCGACCAGGGCAAGAAAAAGGGCAAUGCCGGUGUCGGCGGUGAUCACGGCGGCGGCAUCAGCGUCACCGACUUCGCGGGUGCAGGUGCGGGUAACGGUCUCGACGGACUCGACGGCCUCGACGGCGGCCUGGAGCGCUGUAGCGUGGAUGAGGUCCGGACUUGGGGCUCGUCCUUCGACAAACUGAUGAAGAGCGCCGCCGGUCGCAAGCUCUUCACAGAGUUCCUCGUGAGCGAGUACAGCGAGGAGAACAUCGCCUUCUGGCUUGCCUGCGAGCAACUCAAGAAGGAGAGCAACCCUGAGACGAUCGAGGAGAAGGCGCGUUACAUUUACGAGGAUUACAUAUCCAUACUUUCGCCAAGGGAAGUGAGCCUGGACUCGCGGGUGCGGGAAAUUGUGAAUCGCAAUAUGGUGGAACCUACGCCGCACACCUUCGACGAGGCGCAGCUGCAAAUCUACACUCUCAUGCACCGGGACUCGUAUCCGCGAUUUGUCAAUAGUGAGAUUUAUCGGAGGGUGGCUAGAGUGACUAGCAGCAGCCCGCCCAGUCCGAGCACUGGGCAGGAGCAUAGUGGGAAGGCGAAGAGCAAACGAGGGGCGACGUAAUCAUGAUCGUGAUGGUCCAGAGACGUCGAGAGCGCGGACCAAGAAGAUCUCUAAAAUCAAGCACCUUCAUCAAAGUCACGAUCGGCCGAACCGUUCGGCAAGGGUUCGCAACACCCUCUUCGUCGAAGAGCCUCCGUCGAGGCGAGGAAUCGUCCGAGCGGACAUGACUGACGAAGCUAAUCCCUCGCAGGAGGGAAUCUCCAUCCCCUCGGGUGGACGACGAGCUUUCUGGUUGCUUCAGAUUGCUCGCGCGGAAGCCGGGAGCUUGUUCAGUGAUUCGCUCUUCCACGCGAAGGCGCAACGGGGCCAUGUAAUCGUGCUCGCCAUUGCACGCGAGCCAUUACGACACCGAUGAUGAUGAUGAUGAUGAUGAUGAUGAUGAUGAUAAUGAUGAUGAGACGAUGAUGGACUGAACGUACGACGAGAUCGCGAUCGCGGUCGGUCGCGUAGAUCACAAAUCGCUUACAAAAGUUCGGUGCAGAGCGUAUGCACGCGGGACUGUGGAUCGUAGUCGGAGAAAGGAAGGUCACGCGAUCGCACGGGGAUGGCGGGCACCAACGCGAACACCAUCGAUCCUCCCGUGUCCAUCGAUCUUCGAGCCUCGCAAUCUACCCUCGUUGUAGAGUUCUCAAAGCUCCGAGAGAAGAUCGAGCUCGGGCUCGCGAGCUUCCCCUUUCUCUUUCGCUCUUCUCGGCUUAAAAGCGAAUUCGAUUUGAAUCACGUACCUUAUGUCUUUCACGAGCCACUGCAAAUAGUUGAGAUAUCUCUUUCUAUUUUGUUUUAGUAAGUAUCGAAGGAAAAUUAGAAGGAAGAUAAACAUUCUGGAUUAUUCUUUUAAUUCAAAUUCGCGCAUGCAAAAUGUGAACGAUAUGAUUCCACUUUAUGAUUCAAUUUGCCACAGGCCAAGCAGACUGAAAGAGGUUGACUAUUUAAUUUAACAAGUCUGGUUCGACGAAACGAGAUGCUCACAAUGUAAUACAUAACUAUAAUUAGCUGACGCGUUUGAUGUUGACGAGAUGAUAAUCGCCAUAUAUUUCUAGUCAUAUGUAUUCGACCGAAAUUCCGUGAACGCGCAGAACUUCCACGGAUGGACAUGUUCUGCGAGCUCGCGAAUUGAGCUUUCGCGGAAUAAUGGAUACUUAUCCCUCUCUCAGGACGCAAUUGAUCCUGGACGUAUUUUAUCGCGAUUGUGUCUCCUGUGAUCUUAAGGUUAAUUCGCGUGUAGCAAGGACUCAUCAAGAAUGUCGCGUAUCUUCAUGAAGAUAGAUUCAAUCUGCUUAAGAUCGAAUUUACCGUUUACUUCGCUCUCUCUCUCUCUCUCUCUCUCUCCCCUCCCCUCUUUCUCUUCCUUUCCGUCUGUACCUU